AUGGAGAGUAAGAAAAUCAUAGCCAUAUGCCAAUCGGGAGGUGAAUUUGUGGUGAACGAAGAUGAUGAGUCUGUGUCUUACACUGGUGGGGAAGCUUAUGCUCUGGACCUCGAUCAGCAGACACAAUUGAAAGAUUUCAAGCACGAACUCUCCGAGACUUUUCAAUGCAACCUUAAUGGUAUGACAAUCAAGUAUUUUCUUCCUGGAAACAGAAAGACCUUGAUUACUAUAUCCAAAGAUAAGGACUUCCAGCGUAUGGUGAACUUCUUCAAAGAUUCUGACCAAGUUGAGAUAUAUGUAAUCUCAGAAGAAGUUGCUGCUGUUCAGAUUAUGUCCAACAUGCCUGCCAGUAGGUCAAGCAGAACAACUUCAUCAGAGGCAGUGAUUCCUUCUGAUGACCCUAUGGCUAUUAUGCAAGAUGAUGAUGCAAUUGUUUUGAAUGAGCCUAUUGAAAUUGCACCACUGGACGUGUCUAGUUUUAGCACUGAAGAGAGGCAUCGGAGAGCAGCUACCCAAUGGGAGAACAUCAUCACUGAUUUCCAGAAAGGCUUAACAGAGUCAUUGCUUGAUAUAUUUGGCAAAGAGUGCUAUCAUGGUUAUUGUUUACGAUAUCUUGCUGAAAAACUUAAUAAAGAUCUGAAAGGACUUUCACACGAUGCAAGACGUCUAUUGGUUCAAGAUUUUUAUGCAGCUGCUUAUGCACCAAAACUCGAUGCUUUCGAGCGCUGUGUUGAAAAUAUAAAAGCUAUCUCAGCUGAAGCUUAUGAUUGGGUCAUUAGAAGCGAACCAGACCACUGGGCUAAUGCAUUUUUUGGUGGUGCAAGAUAUAACCAUAUGACAUCCAACUUUGGUCAACAACUCUACUGUUGGGUGUCUGAGGUGGAUGAGUUUCCAAUAACUCAGAUGGUUGAUGUAUUACGUGGUAAAAUUAUGGAAUUGAUCUAUAGAAGACGACUUGAAUCCAGUGAGUGGGUUACAAGGUUGACCCCAUGUAUGGAGGAGAAGCUUCAGAACGAGUCAUCAAAAGCACAUUCACUUCAUGUAUUACUCUCUCAUGGUAGCAUAUUUGAAGUUCGUAGUGAAUCCGUUGUUGACAUGGUUGACAUUGAUAACUGGGAUUGUAGUUGCAGAGGAUGGCAGCUUACAGGAUUGCCUUGCAUUCAUGCUAUUGCUGUUUUUGAAUGUAUUGGUAGGAGCCCAUAUGACUAUUGCUCCGGAUACUUCAUGACUGAAAGUUACCGCUUAACUUACUCAGAGUCAAUCAACCUAAUACCAAAUGUGGAUAAACCAGAACUGAGGAUAGGAAUUAUAGUAACUCCUCCACCUACUAAACGUCCACCAGGCCGACCAAAGCUGAAAUCUGCAGAGUCGAUGAACUUCAUUAAACGCCAGCUCCAGUGUAGCAAGUGCAAGGGCCUGGGCCACAAUAAGAAAACGUGCAACAAGGUGAACAUGCUUGAAGAACCAGAGCCCCAUACCCCAAUUUUGACAGGACUGAUCGCUGAUAAACCUGAAGGAAGAACUUGA